AAAGGAAUUUAUGAAGAUUUUUAUCGUAGACCAAAACCUCUAGUAAUGAAUUCAAAAACACAAAAAGAAUUUAAUGAAUCGGUUAAUUGUCAUAUUUGUAGUUGCGAAUUGGGGGAUGAUAGAGUUAGAGAUCAUUGUCAUUUUACAGGUGAGUACCGUGGAGCAGCACAUAACAAAUGUAAUCUUAUGUGUAAAAAACCAAGAAUACUACCAGUUAUAUUUCAUAAUCUUCAGGGUUAUGAUGCUCAUUUGUUUAUAAAACAACUUGCUAAAAUAGAUGGUAAACUUGAUUGUAUUCCAUCUACGGAAGAAAAAUACAUUUCAUUUUCUAAAGUUAUUAAAGUUGGAGAAUUUAAACAUAUUAGUGGUGAUGUUUUACCAAUAAAUUUUGAAAUCAGAUUUUUAGAUUCAUUUAAGUUUCUUCAAACAUCACUUGCAAAUCUUGUUUCAAAUUUAUCACAAGAUGACUUUCAUAAUACAAAAAAAGAAUUUAAGAAAAAUAUAUCACUACUUACUAGAAAAGGAGUUUAUCCUUAUGAUUAUGUUUCAUCACUUGAUAAAUUAUCAGAAACAUGUUUACCACCAAAAGAUGAAUUUUAUUCAAAACUUAAUGAUGAAGAUAUAUCAGAUGAAGAUUACCAACAUGCAAUUAAAGUCUGAAAUACAUUUGGAUGUAAAACAAUUAAAGAUUAUCAUGAUUUAUAUCUCAAGUCUGAUGUUCUAAUAUUAGCAGAUGUAUUUGAAAAUUUUAGAGCAACUUGUCUUAAACAUUACAAGCUAGAUCCAGCUCAUUACUACACAUCUCCAGGGUUGGCUUGGGAUGCAUGUCUCAAAACUACAGGUCAGCAUUUACAGUUAUUACAUGACUAUGAUAUGUUAAUGAUGUUUGAGCGUAGUAUUCGUGGUGGAAUAACACAUAUUUCAAAAAGAUAUGCAGAAGCAAAUAAUAAAUAUAUGAAAAAUUAUAAUCCUGAAAAGAAGUCAACAUUUAUUCAAUAUUUAGAUGCAAACAAUCUUUACGGUUGGGCAAUGUCUCAAAGUCUUCCAACUCAUGGAUUUAAAUGGAUGUCCAAU